CGGAAGUCUCGUUGUUUCACUGUGAUCUCGGGCUGGCGGCGGGAUAGUUGUGUUGUUUAUUAGUGAGUUUUAAACAUAGACAGUAUAAGAACGGUUUUAAGAAGACAGAGCUCCAGAAUCCAGAGUGAGUCCAGCAGCCCCAGUGGACAUCUGCUGGAUUUCAGGACAAGAGAGGAAUGGAGGAGGACAACCAGAACCAGGAGCAGCGGAGCAACAAGGUCCCCAGAAGACAAGCAGCAGACUGGGACUCUGAUACCAGCCAUGUUCAGUCGCCCUCAGCAGACGUCAAGCUGGCGACCGUAGCAGGAAAGAAGGACGAGAAGGCCAAGGAGGAGGAGCAACCUGCAGCACCUCCUGCAGCAGCAGUGAAGGAGGAAGAGGAGGAGUAUGUGGUGGAGAAGGUGUUGGACCGCAGAGUGUUUAAGGGAAGAGUAGAGUUUCUGCUGAAAUGGAAGGGCUUCUUAAAUGAGGAUAACACAUGGGAGCCGCAAGACAACCUGGACUGCCCCGACCUUAUCACCGAGUACAUGCAGAAACACAAGGAGAAGGAGGAGAAGAAGGAGGAGGGCAAGAGGAAAGUUGCCAGUGAGGCCUCGGGAGACUCAGAGGGAGGGAGCAAGAGGAAGAAGGAGGAGAAACGGAGAGGAGAGGGACACAAACCUUUCACACGACAGAGUACCCUAAAAAUACAUCAACGCAUUCACACUGGAGAGAAGCCUUACAGCUGUGAUCAAUGUGGGGCGGCUUUCACAGAAAAGAGUAAGCUAAAAGUACAUCAACGCAUUCACACUAAAGAAAAGCCUUACAGCUGUGAUCUAUGUGGGGCGGCUUUCACACAAAAGAGUACCCUAAAAAUACAUCAACGCAUUCACACUGAAGAAAAGCCUUACAGCUGUGAUCUAUGUGGUAAAAACUUUUCUCAGAGUGGUAGCCUAGAAAUCCACAGACGUGUUCACACUGGCGAGAAGCCGUACCGCUGUGAACAAUGCGGGGCAGCAUUCACAGGGUUAAAUAACUUCCAAUCCCACCGACUUGUUCACACUGGAGAGAAGCCUUACAGCUGUGAUCUAUGUGGUAAAACCUUUUCUAGGAGUGGUAGCCUAGAAAUCCACAGACGUGUUCACACUGGAGAUAAACCCUACAGCUGUGAACAAUGCGGGGCAGCAUUCACACGGUUAAAUAGCUUACAAGCCCACCGACGUGUUCACACUGGAGAGAAGCCUUACAGCUGUGAUCUCUGUGGAAAAACUUUUUCUCAGAGUAGUGACCUUAAAAAACACCAGCGCGUUCACACUGGAGAGAAGCCGUACUGGUGUGAACAAUGUGGAAAAACUUUUUCUCAGAAUAGUAACCUUAAAUCUCACCAGCGCGUUCACACUCCCUCGUUGUGAACAUGUUUCUCAGGGCUCCAGGCUAACGUUUUGCCUUUGUUGCACUGGUGCGCCUAACUUUUUUAUUUAGAUGCACCAGCACACAAUUUAGGCGCACCCAAAUUUUUCCUUGCGUCGCCGUUAACGCUGAAUUGGCAUACACGAUAUAUAGCUCUGUAUUUUUUUACCAAGUGGGCUAAAUGUUCAGUUUUAAGUCAAAGCCAUUUUUCACAAGCUCUUUUAUUAAAACAGACUGUGAUUAAAAUAAAACGCAAAGACAGGGCUUCUUUAACAGUUUGAAAAUAUACAGCUGCA